CCCCGAUCUGUGCUGGCAGAUACGCUGCUCCCGUCAGGCAUACGGCCAUUGUCGCACACUGCCAUUGUCGCACACCGCAGCGCGUUCAUCGUCUGUGAGAGACCUCCCCCUUUAAUCUUCUUCUGCAAUUAGGCGCUGAAGAAAGACACGUUUUGAUGACACUCCCUUGCUGGUUACCAUACUUGCAGUCAUACGAGCAAUCUGGAGGCAGCCAUUGCCAAUAGAGUUAGUGAUUCGUGCACUAAAGCAAGAUAACUCGGGCAGCAUAGUUUUGACAACAAUCUUCGACGACUCGUUCUGACAGCCAAUAUCAAGCAUUUGACAUCUGAUAUCAAUUAUUCGACAGCCGACGUUUAGAAUCUGACAGCUGAUAUUUGACGUUUUGAAUCUUGCCCUCGACUUUGGCGUCGGCGUUUUUUCCACAGCGUAAUCUGAGUCAAAUACAUUGAGCGGCCAUGGCGGAUUUGAACCAGGAGUCGCUUCUCGCGCACAAGCGCACGUUCAUGGAGUUCCUCGACCCCGAGAACCCCAAGGCGCGCUACAUGCAGCGCAUCAACGCCAUGGUAGACGCUGGCAAGCACCGCCUCCUCAUCGACCUCUCCGACCUUCGAUCCUUCGACCCGCAGCUAGCCCGCAGAUUGAUCCGCACCCCAGGUGAACUCUACCCAGCGCUGGUAAGCGCAGUGGAAGACGCAGUGCGCAUGGCACACCCCAAGCACCUGCUGGAGUCGGUGGUGAGCGGCGAGGUGAGCGUGGGGUUCCAGGGCCCCUUCGGCUUCCACCAGCUGUCCCCGCGCGAGCUGCUCUCGCCCUUCCUCAACUCGCUCGUCUGCGUGCACGGCAUCGUAACCAAGUGCUCCUCUGUGCGCCCCAAGGUGGUGCGCAGCGUGCACUACUGCCCUGCCACGGGCGCCUUCUCCUCUAGAGAGUACCGCGAUGUCACUGCGCUCACAGGCCUGCCCACGCCCGCCAUCUACCCCACAAAGGAUGAUAAGGGCAACAUCCUGGUGACCGAGUUCGGUCUGUGCCGGUACCGUGACCACCAGGCCAUGGCCAUGCAGGAGAUGCCCGAGAACGCCCCUGCGGGGCAGCUGCCACGCUCGCUAGACGUGCUGCUGGAGGACGAUCUGGUGGACUGCUGCAAGCCGGGGGACCGAGUGGCUGUGGUGGGGAUCUACAAGGCUGCUCCCAUGCGCGCCACUGGCAGCAUCAGCGGCACGUUCCGGACCGUACUAGUGGCUUGCAACGUGAUGCAACUGAGUAAAGACGCAGUGGCCCCCAAAAUGACAGCGUCAGACGUGAGGGCAGUGAGGGCGCUGGCAGCGAGAUCGGACGCAUGGGGGGUGGUGGGGGAGUCCCUGGCCCCGUCUAUCUGUGGCCACCCGUGGGUUAAGAAGGCCCUGGCACUGCUGCUGCUGGGGGGGGUGGAGAAGAACCUGCCCAAUGGCACACACAUCAGAGGCGACGUGAACAUGCUGAUGAUGGGCGACCCGUCGGUGGCCAAGUCGCAGUUCCUGCGAGCCAUCAUGCACGCUGCUCCCCUCGCCAUCUCCACCAAUGGGCGGGGGUCCUCAGGAGUGGGGCUGACCGCUGCUGUCACCACGGACCAGGAGACAGGCGAGAGGAGGCUGGAAGCAGGGGCGAUGGUGUUGGCAGACAGGGGAGUGGUGUGCAUCGACGAGUUUGACAAGAUGAGCGACGCCGACCGCGUGGCCAUCCAUGAGGUGAUGGAGCAACAGACAGUGACCAUAGCCAAGGCGGGAAUCCACGCAUCUCUCAACGCUCGCUGCAGCGUUGUUGCCGCCGCUAAUCCAAUCUACGGAUCGUACGACCACUCCAUCUCGCCCAUGCGCAACAUCGGCCUGCCCGACUCCCUGCUGUCCCGCUUCGACCUGCUCUUCAUCCUCGUGGACCAGAUGGACGCUGACGUGGACACCAGGAUAGCCAAUCACGUGCUGAGGAUGCACCGCUACAGACUCCCUGGGGACGAUGGCACACUAGCCCCUGGUGACGUGCCAAUGGCAGCAGCGCAAGCAGAGGAGGACGAGGAGGAGGGAGAGGGGGGAGAUGCGGACGGCCCAGAUGCAUUCUCUGCAGCAAUGGACGAUGAAGAUGAAGCCAAUCCGGCCACUAGCAGACCUAGAACAAGGAGCGGAGGUAGAGGAGGAGGUGGGGAUGGGGGUGGGAUUAGUGGGAGGGGAGGGGCCAGUGGUGGGGCAGCUGAUUUGGCGGCGAACUUAGUUAAGUACGACCGCUUACUGCAUGGGGAAAGGAAGGCUGGCGAGCCGAUAAGAAAGAUACUUAAGAAACGGUUUCUGAAGAAGUUCUUCCACUUCGCCCGCGGCCGCACCCCCGUGCUCUCCAAUCGGGCUGCGGAGAAGAUAGCUCAGGCGUAUGCAGAGAUGAGGGCUCACGGCAUGGAUGCCAGGAGGCGGGCGGACCAGGGCACGCUGCCAGUCACAGCCAGAUCUCUGGAGACUAUGAUUCGGCUGUCCACGGCGCAUGCCAAGCUGAAGCUGCGGCGAGAGGUAUUGGAGUCAGACGUAGCUGCAGCCUUAAGCCUCUUGGACUUCGCCCUCUACCAUCGCGAGUUGGACGAGACGGACAAGCGGAUGGACGAGGAGAGGCAGCGCGUGGAGCAGCAGCGCAAGGAGGCUGCCGCAGCAGCAGCGGCGACGGCGGCUGCUGCUGCUGCUGCUACCGCAGGAGAGGGUGGUGCUGAUGGUGCUGGUACUGCAGCCACAGAAGCAGCAACAGGGGCAGCAGGGGCUCGGACGCGACGAGGAGGAGGAGGACGCAAGACAAGGUCCAAGGCAAAGAGGCCGCGGGCGGAUGCAGAGACGGAGGAGAGCGAGGAAGAGGAGGUGGAAGGGAUGGGGGAGGAGGAGGAAGAAGAAGGAGAGGAGGUGGAGGAGAUUGAGAUGGAGGAGGCGCCUGCUGAUGGGGUACCGAAUCUGGGCGAUCCAGCACCCGCCUCUGCUGCCGAUGGGUCCUUCACUGCGGAAAGGUUCGAUGCCUUCCAGCUGGCGUUCAGUGAGCAUGCGGUGGCAGCGAGGGUGGAGUCGAUAGCAGCGGAGGAGCUCUUGGAGGUGGUGAAUAGGAGGUGGCCGGGGAAGCAGUUCACUCAGGCUGAAGUUGACGCCAUGCUGGAGCAAAUGGAGGUCAACAACCGUGUCAUGGUUGCCAGAGGCAUUGUACACCUCAUAUAGCAGCCCAGUUGGCUGAGCCCACCUUGUACAAUCUGCAGCUCAUAUUGUGAUUUUGAAUGGAGUACUGGGCUGGGAUGUUUGGAGGUGGACAGGGUAUACGUCCGAUGACAGCUGACCACGAAACAGGAUUUUUUACUGGCUUAUGAAACUGUCCUGGUUUUUUCCUGCAAUUCGUGGGGUUAAAGAAUCUGGAACAGUGUACCUCUGCCCGUCGUCACCUCUCCAGCAAGUUUAGGAGGCUAGGGUUUUAUUUUC